UUUGCUUUUGCAAUCCUUUUAAACAACGCGAAUUAAAAAAAACGUUUGCAACGGGUAAAGUCUACAAAACUUAGUCCACUCUGUUCAUAACAGAAUGUCGGACAAAAUCCAUCUUGUUUCAUCCUUCUGCCGCUGCCGGCAAGUUGGCUUCCUCUCACUACCAUAUUUGUGAGUGGCAACUUCAAGCACAUUUAUACAUCCGGUUAAAUAUCUGUCUCAUUGUUCUAUCUGUGCGUUUCAAGAGUGAAUGUAAGAGCAGUACAGACAGACAGAUCAAGUUAAAAUAAUACGACUUUGAUCUGGUAUUUGACGACCCUCUCAUCUAAACCUGAUGUUUGUGACUACUUUGUUUAUUUUCUGUCUUGGUUGACAUCGUGACAAUAUUGUGCGAGUUGAAGAUGGAGAAGUUCUUUACCAUUCUGACUGGGAAUACACUGGGGUCUCAUGAGGAAAUAAAUCGCCGGCUCACUACAAAAGGUUUAACGAAGGUGACGUCAUCGGCGGAGAGUGAUGUCAUCAUUGCUUUCUGUCCCAUUGUCUCUCGUGCCGGGACUGAUAUUGAAGCAGCACUGCAGCAGAUUCCUGCUGGUAAACCUACCAUUUUGGUAGUGAAGCAUCACACCUUCAACCCAGACUACACUGUACCUGACAGCAGCAGACUAGUGACCAGAGGUGAUGUAAUACUCACAGUGGACUGUCUCUUCCAUGAGAGCCAGGGACUAUUGGAGUGUCAUCGCAAUGAAGCAGCAUUCAAAAAGAUUGUGAACAUAAUACUGCCAAUGAAUGACUGGGAGAUUAUUGAAGCCAGUGAAGCCAGUGAAGCCCUUGAGCAUAAAAUCUUGGAGCAGGAUUUUCCAAAAGAGUUGAAGAUGGAGAAGUUCUUUACCAUUCUGACUGGGAAUACUCUGGGGUCUCAUGAGGAAAUAAAUCGCCGGCUCACUACAAAAGGUUUAACGAAGGUGACGUCAUCGGCGGAGAGUGAUGUCGUCAUUGCUUUCUGUCCCAUUGUCUCUCGUGCCGGGACUGAUAUUGAAGCAGCACUGCAGCAGAUUCCUGCUGGUAAACCUACCAUUUUGGUAGUGAAGCAUCACACCUUCAACCCAGACUACACUGUACCUGACAGCAGCAGACUAGUGACCAGAGGUGAUGUAAUACUCACAGUGGACUGUCUCUUCCAUGAGAGCCAGGGACUAUUGGAGUGUCAUCGCAAUGAAGCAGCAGUCAAAGAGAUUCUGAAGAAGCUUAAUAUACAUCCUGAGAUUGCAGUUUCUUCCUUUUACCCUCGUAUCAUCUGUCGGUUGGCAAAAGAUUGGUUGGCCAGAGUGACUGAGCCUUACACUGCAACAGUUGAAGUGCCUGUUUGCAAUCAUGAAGUGCAACAUUAAGAUGAAGCACAUUGCUCCCCAGCCUUUAAGAUAUAAUAAUGAGCGAAUAAGUGGAUUGAAGUCUGAUUUUGAAAAAUGUCUAUUCAUAGUCAAAACAUUUGACAAUUUAACCCUAGAAAUAUAACUAACUAUACGCGUUAGAAUAUGCACUUAUAGCCUAAGUGAGUCUAGAACAGCUAAAGUGUGUUUUGUCAAAAUUGCUUAAUAAUUAACUCCAUUAAUGUGGAUAAGUAUAAAGAUAAUGUAAUAUAAUGCUUGAGACAACUUUUGAUGGGAGUAUAAAUAAAUAUAUACUACCUGCCAACAGUUUUAGAACACCUACAUUCAAGGGUUUUUCAAUAUUUUUACUAUUCUUUUACUAUUUAUAAUAGUGAAGACAUCAAAACUAUGAAAUAACACAUAUGGAAUCAUGUAGUAACCAAAAGUGUUAAACAAAUCAAAAUAUAUUACAUUUUUUAGAUAAUUCAAAGUAGCCACCCUUUGCCUUGAUGACAGCUUUGCACACUUGGCAUUCUCUUAACCAGCUUCACCUGGAAUGCUUUUCCAAUAGUAUUGAAGGAGUUCGCACAUAAGCUGAGCACUUGUUGGCUGCUUUUCCUUCACUCUGCGGUCCGACUUAUCCCAAACCAUCUCAAUUUGUUUGAGGUCGGGGGAUUGUGGAGGCCAGGCCAUCUGAUGCAGUAUUCCAUCACUCUCCUUCCUUACACAGCUUGGGGGUAUGUUGGGUCAUUGUCCUGUUGAAAAACAAGUGAUAGUCCCACUGAGCCCAAACCAGAGGGGAUGGCAUAUCGCUGCAGAAUACUGUGGUAGCAAUGCUGGUUAAGUGUGCCUUGAAUUCAAAAUAAAUCACAGACAGUGUCACCAGCAAAGCACCCCCACACCAUAACACCUCCUCCUCCAUGCUUUAUGGUGGGAAAUACACAUGCAGAGAUCAUCCAUUCACCCACACCACGUCUCACAAAGACACGGCGGUUGGAACCAAAAAUCUCCAAUUUGGACUCCAAACCAAAGAAUACAUUUCCACCGGUCUAAUGUCCAUUGCUCGUGUUUCUUGUCCCAAUCAAGUCUCUUCUUAUUAUUGGUGUCCUUUAGUAGUGGUUUCAUUGCAGCAAUUAAACCAUGAAGGCCUGAUUCACACAGUUUCCUCUGAACAGUUGAUGUUGAGAUGUAUCUGUUACUUGAACUCUGUGAAGCAUUUAUUUGGGCUGCAAUUUCUGAGGCUGGUAACUCUAAUGAACAUAUCCUCUGCAGCAGAGGUAACUCUGGGUCUUCCUUUCCUAUGGCGGUCCUCAUGAGAGCCGGUUUCAUCAUAGUGCUUGAUGGUUUUUGCAACUGCACUUGAAGAAACUUUCAAAGUUCUUGAAAUGUUCUGUAUUGACUGACCUCCAUGUCUUAGAGUAAUGAUGGACUGUCAUUUCUCUUUGCUUAUUUGAGAUGUUCUUGCCAUAAUAUGGACUAGGUAUUUUACCAAAUAGGGCUAUCUUCUGUAUACCCCCCACCUAGUCACAACACAACUGAUUGGCUCAAACACAUUAAGAAGGAAAGAAAUUCCACAAAUGAACUUUUAAGAAGGCACACCUGUUAACUAAAAUGCAUUCCAGGUGACUACCUUAUGAAGUUGGUUGAGAGAAUGCCAAGAGUGUGCAAAGCUGUCAUCAAAGCAAAGGGUUGCUAUUUGAAGCUCAAAUAUAAAACCCUUUUUUGGUUACUACAUGAUUCCAUAUGUGUUAUUUCAUAGUUUUGACGUCUUCACUAGUAUUCUACAAUGUAGAAAAUAGUACAAAUAAAGAAAAACCCUUGAAUGAGUAGGUGUUCUUAAACUUUUGACCGGUUGUGUGUAUAUAAAUAUAUAUACUUUAUUAUGCUACAUACUGUGAUUUUGCAGACACAGGGUUGAUCAUAAUCAUGUGGCAUUUCAAUAUAGCUGAAAUUAUAUUUUUGUUGUUGUUGCAUUACCACAUUAUCCUGAAGUGUUUUGGCUCAAUGGAAGCCCUGGCACUUGGGUGUGGAAUAAAGAGAAAUAUAACUACUCUAACAUCAACAGCUGUAACCUACUAAGCCCACGUGGCAUAUAAGACAUUAUUCAAGAAUCAAUAGAUACAUCAGGUUUAAAGGUAAGACCGAGGAACAGACAAUGUUGAAGUAACAAAAGUGUAAUAAAUCGAACACGGGCAGGCAAAGGUACGGGACGGCAGGCAGGCUCAGAAUCAGGUCAGGCAGAGAUCGGUAAUCCAGAGUAGUGGGGCAAAGGUACAGGACGGUAGGCAGCCUCAGAGCAGGCAGAAAGGUCAAAACCGGGAAAACUAGGAAACGGGCGCUAUGAACAGGACAGGAACAUGGGGAAAACCACUGAUAGGUCUGAAUGAACGAAACGAACUGGCAACAGACAAAUCGAGAAGACCGGUAUAAAUACACAGGGGAUAAUGGGGAAGAUGGAGGGGGUGGAGACAAUCACAAAGUCAGGUGAAACAGAUCAGGGUGUGACAAGGGGCCUAUUAAAUUACUAUUCAACAGAAUUGAAUAUCUCAGAUUGUACCUUUUAAUAAAAAUGAAUUAACACA